CGUAGCAUCACUGCGACAAAGGCUGCGGCGUACUUGAAAGUGAAAGUUUGAGGUCGCCAUGGCUACGUACGAGAAAAAGCCAAAGCGCGGAGACCUUAUUGAAAUCUUCCGAGGCUCAUAUCAGCACUGGGCUAUUUAUGUUGGAGAAGGUUAUGUGAUUCACCUGGCACCUCCCUCUGAACAUGCUCAAGCUGGAGCCUACAGUGUGAUGUCAGUAUUAUAUGAUAAAGCCACAGUGAAGAAAGAAAAACUUUAUGAAGUAGCUGGCAAUGAUGAAUACUGUAUCAACAACCUUCUAGAUGAGAAAUAUGAGACACGUCCUGUUCGCGAGAUUCUACGGGAUGCACAUAGAUUUUUGGGACAAGAACUUUCAUAUAGUGUCUUUAGAUGGAACUGUGAGCACUUUGUUACAUGGCUGAGAUACGGAAAACCACAGUCCCUACAGGUACGAGACGCAGUGGAGACCGUUGCUGCAGUUGCUACUGUAGGGAUUGGCAUUGGAGCCAUUGUUUAUGCUAUUUUAAAAAAAAUGUCUGGUUCAAAAGACAAAGAGAAGCAGACCCAAUGAACAGUGAGAAAUAAAGAACUACAGAUAGCUGAACAUGCUCAAGCUGGGGCCAGCAGUAUGAUGUCAGUAAUGCACAAAAAAGCCACAAUGAAGAAAGAAGAACUUUAUGAAGUAGCUGGCAAUAAUGAUUGAUUACCAUGUCAUCCACCUUAUGGAUGAAAAAUAUAAGCUUACAAGGAACUGUGAGCACUUUGGUAUAUAGCUGAGAUACAGAAAGCCACAGUCCCACCAGCUACAGCUGUUUGGCAUGACCUGGCAUAUUGAGACAAUUCACACAAGUAUUGUAACUGAAUGUUAAUUAAUUAUACUGUACUCAUAAAUGUCUUCAAUUUUAAAAUCACAGCAUUACAGGGCUGUAUUAUGGUAAAAUAUUUUACAUUAAUUUAUUAUUAAGGUCACAAAAUCAACACCUUUACACAGUCAGUAGAUACUUUGUUUAUUUUCAUGGGUGCGAAAUGUGGAAACAGAAGUUGGUCUUACUAUAGCGGUUGGCGUUGGGAGUUCUUGGUGCUGCUGUAGCCAUUUUUGGUUCAAAGACAAGAGAAGCAGACAGUGAACAGUGAGAAACGAAGAACUAAAAGUUUCAAUACAAUUAAUAAGUUCCACAAUACAAUUGUGGAGGCCUUUGAUUAUUUCAGUCAGUAAUUUUUUUGCAUUCAUCAUGCAAUUUAAAAAAGUAUCCAACAUUUAUUUAAGCUAUAAAACACAUCAUUCUCUUAAUUUAAAUAAAUAAAAUGUGAUUAUAUAUAACAUACUUUAUAAAAAUACGCAUUUACUAUAGUUUCAGUUGACUAUAAAAAUGCUUUACAUUAUUCUGGUAGCGAUGAUGACUAACCAGAAGUUUAAGUAGGAAAAGCUCCUCCGUCUCUUGUUCUAACCCUCACCCUCGCCUUCUCUCUCUCUCUCUCUCUCUCUCAUACACACACAACACAACACAACA